AUUUCUUUUGUGUUUUACAUUUUUAUUUUGCUAUUAAAGAUCUCAAUCUUCAGAGCAGUAGGUUUGACAAAUAUGUAGAUUAAAAACCAUUUCAUUCGAACUUGCGGCUCGACUGAUGUAAACAAAUGCCAACAAUGCAAGAAGCAGUGUUUGAAUUGAAAUGUGCCUCACAGAACUAUCAUUGGGGUAAAGUGGGAAAGACCAGUGAAGUGGCAAGUCUUCUUAGUAGUGGUGACUCAAGUUUUGUUGUGGAUGACCAAACAAGAUAUGCUGAGUUAUGGAUGGGAACACAUCCAAAUGCACCUUCAUUAAUUGUGGUCCAAGGGAAGACUAGUAAAGCACUGAGUGAAUGGGUGUCAGAAAAUCUAGACAAGUUGGGCAACUCUGUCAAAGAAACAUUUGCUGGUUCUCUCCCUUUUUUGUUCAAAGUUCUCUCAGUUGACAAAUCACUGUCAAUACAGGCACAUCCAAAUAAGAGGCAUGCUGAAGAGUUACAUAAAAAGGACCCAAAGAACUACAAGGAUCCCAAUCACAAACCUGAAAUGGCUAUUGCCCUGACUGACUUCACUGGACUGUGUGGUUUCCGGCCAGUCUCAGAGAUAGCAAAGUUUGUCGAAGAAAUCCCGGAAUUGAGGGCUGUGAUUGGUCAAGAGAAUGGUGACAAGAUGGUGUCAGCUAGCCAAUCACAGGACAGUAAUUUACAGGAAGCAGCUCUGAGAUCAUCAUUCUCCACCCUGAUGAGACAGGACAAAGAUCUGGUACAAGCUGAGUUGAAAAAACUUGUUGAUCGAGUCAAAUCUAUAAAAAAUUCCGGAGAAGAUAUAAGUGGUUGUGUUGGCGACAUAUUACUGAAACUGGACAAGGAAUUCCCAGGGGAUGUUGGUGGCUUUUCCAUUUAUUUCCUCAAUGUAAUGAGAUUGCGUAAAGGAGAUUCAAUUUUCCUGGAAGCAAAUCUGCCACAUGCUUAUCUUUCAGGAGACUGUAUGGAAUGUAUGGCUUGUUCAGACAAUGUCGUACGUGCAGGACUCACACCUAAGUUCAUUGAUACUGAAACUCUGAUUGAAAUGUUGAACUAUAACGGUAAACCUGCACAAGACAAUAUAUACCAGCCGACAAACCUAGUGGAAAAUGGAUGCAAUGUCAGAAAAUUUAAACCUCCUAUUCAAGACUUUGCUGUCACUGAAAUAAGUGUACCUGCUGGUUUAAAAUCUACAACCCUCCCUGCCAUGAGUAGUGCAAGUAUUGUAAUUUGUAUAGAGGGCGCUGCAAGUCUAAACAACCAAUCACUGACACAGUCCAUACAGGUGCAGCGUGGGACAGUUCUUUUUAUAUCAGCCAAUGAGGAGGCUGCUUUAGAAGUAUCUUCUGCAAAUGGAAUGUUGUUAUAUCGGGCACAUGCUGGUUGUUAGUUUGAUAAAAAAAGAUUGGGGAAAAAAUAUUUUAAUUUUAUUUAUACAAAAGAUGCAUUUAUAUAUACAAAAUCCAUGACCUUUUGCAUAAAGAUUUAUUUAUGCCAGUUUUUGGACUCUACAGGAAUUUGUCACUAGAUGGUUUUAUGUCAUUCUAUGCUAGCUAAAAUUAGCAUAUUAAAAAAAUCAUUAGAAAGCCAUACUUAUAAGAAAUCCUAAUUGAAUAUUUAAUUAAACAUGUUACUCAAGAAUAGCAUAUAUCUUUACAUAUGAUAUAACUAUUUAUAUAACAAUGCAAGUAAUUGCUAUUUUACUAACAGGAUUUUGCAUAUACAUUGUAAUUUGUAUGCCGGAAAGCAUAAUACUGUGACCGAGAGCUAAAUUUGGCCUUUUUGGCAUUACAAGACAAAAUUGCUGACUUGUAAUCUUUUCAUUUGCAUAAUAAAUUACAUAAAAUAUUAUUUAUGCAUAAUGUAGGGAGCUUAAAAUGCUCUCUCCCUCUGUAAAGUGUGUUUCUUACUUACCGUAAAGUUACUGUUUACAGUUUCAAUUCAGCUUAGUUGCUUGCCUUUAAAACUUAUAUUUUUGAACAAAAUUUGUUUGAAAGGUCAUUUAAUGAUUAUCUUAUGAUAAGGUUUUCAUGAUUUUAGGAUACAUGUAGAUAUAUUUUCUUCGUGUUGAAUUUAUAAACAAUUAAAUUUCCUCUAUUUUUGGAUUGUUGCUUUAGUUUUCUUCAUAUAUUUGAUAAAAAUAUAAUUUUGAUGGCUAAGAACUCGUUGCAAAUAUUCUUAAGGGUUAUGGACCUGGAUGAAUUGUUUAACAUUGCCUGAUAACGAAUAAUAUUGUUAUAACCUGAAACCACUCCUUUUCAGCAAUUUUCAGAUACCUUUUUUAGCUCACCUGUCACAAAGUGACAUGGUGAGCUUUUGUGAUCGCUUUUCGUCCGGCGUCCGUCCGUCCGUCGUCCGUCCGUAAACUUUUACUUUAAAUGACAUCUCCUCAUAUUUCAUCCAAACUUCACAGGAAUGUUCCUUUGGUGGUCACCUUUAAAAAUUGUUCAAAGAAUUUAAUUCCAUGCAGAACUCUGGUUGCCAUGGCAACCAAAAGAAAAAACUUUAAAUAUCUUCUUUUAAAAAACCAUAAGAGCUAGAGCUUAGAUAUUUGGCAUGAAACAUCUUCUAGUGAGUGUCUACCAAGUUUGUUCAAAUAAAAGCCCUGGGGUCAAAAUUGGCCCCGCCCCGGGGGGUCAUUGAUUUUCCCUAUAUGCAUAUAGUAAAAACUUAAAAAAUCUUCUUUCAAAGAACCCAAAGAGCUAGAGCUAAGAUAUUUAGCAUGAAACAUGUUCUUAUGGAUGUCUACCAAGUUUGUUCAAAUAAAAGCCCUGGGGUCAAAAUUGGCCCCGCCCUGGGGGGGUCAUUGAUUUUCCCUAUAUGCAUAUAGUAAAAACUUAAAAAAUCUUCUUUUAAAGCACUCAAAGAGCUUUGGCUAAGAUAUUGAGCAUUUUACAUGUUCUAAUGGGUGUCUACCAAGUUUGUUCAAAUAAAAGCCCUGGGGUCAAAAUUGGCCCCGCCCCGGGGGGUCAUUGAUUUUCCCUAUAUGCAUAUAGUAAAAACUUAAAAAAUCUUCUUUCAAAGAACCCAAAGAGCUAGAGCUAAGAUAUUUAGCAUGAAACAUGUUCUUAUGGAUGUCUACCAAGUUUGUUCAAAUAAAAGCCCUGGGGUCAAAAUUGGCCCCGCCCUGGGGGGUCAUUGAUUUUCCCUAUAUGCAUAUAGUAAAAACUUAAAAAAUCUUCUUUUAAAGCACUCAAAGAGCUUUGGCUAAGAUAUUGAGCAUUAAACAUGUUCUAAUGGGUGUCUACCAAGUUUGUUCAAAUAAAAGCCCUGGGGUCAAAAUUGGCCCCGCCCCGGGGGUCAUUGAUUUUCCCUAUAUGCAUAUAGUAAAAACUUAAAAAAUCUUCUUUUAAAGAACCAAAAGAGUUAGAGCUAAGAUAUUUAGCAUGAAACAUGUUCUAAUAAGUGUCUACCAAGUUUGUUCAAAUAAAAGCCCUGGGUUCAAAAUUGGCCCCGCCCCGGGGGGUCAUUGAUUUUCCCUAUAUGCAUAUAGUAAAAACUUAAAAAUCUUCUUUUAAAGAACUCAAAGAGCUAUGGCUAAGAUAUUUAGCAUCAAACAUGUUCUAAUAAGUGUCUACCAAGUUUGUUCAAAUAAAAGCAGUGGGGUCAAAAUUGGCACCGCCCAGGGGGUCAUUGAUUUUCCUUAUAUGUGUAUAGCAAAAACUUAAAAAAUCUUCUUUGAAAAAAACCAAAUAGCUAGAGUUAAGAUAUUAAGCAUGAAACAUCUUUUAGUGAGUGUCUACAAAGUUUGUUCAAAUAAAAGACCUGGGGUCAAAAUUGGCCCCGCCCCGGGGGUCAUUGAUUUUCUUUAUAUGUGUAUAGCAAAAACUUAAAAUCUUCUUUGAAAAAACCCAAAUAGCUAGAGUUUAGAUAUUAAGCAUGAAACAUCUUCUAGUAAGUGUCUAAAAAGUUUGUUCAAAUAAAAGCCCUGGAGUCAAAACUGGCCCGGCCCCAGGGGUGUCAUUGUUUUUUAACUAUAUGUGUAUAGUAAAAACUUUAAAAAAUCUUCUUUUAAAAAGCCCAAUGAGCUAGAGCUUAGAUGUUUAGCAUGAAACAUCUUCUUAUGGGUGUCUACCAAGUUUGUGCAAAUAAAAGCCCUUGGGUUAAAUUGGCCCUGCAACGUUGGGGGGGGGGGGUUGGGGGGCCUAUAUACAAGUGAGCGACCUCAGUGUGUUUUCCAUUGUGACGUCAUGAUUUGAUAAUAUUAUAUAAUAUGUUGUCUUAAAUGCAUGUUCAUUAGGGUCCGUAAUCCUGAAAUGACCUUUUAUAAAAAAAAAAAAAUUGUUAUGGUAUACUUUAUCUAUACUUUUUAAGCUUUAUCUUAUUUCUCGGGUCAAGUACACUGUAUAAAAUGACAACAGAAGGGUUUUUUUAUCGCAUGUUACUAUCAAAACCAGAAAACACAAAAAAGCUAUGCUGUUUGAAGGGUAUUUUUAUAUAACUUAAACUUUUGUAAUAUAUACAGCUUCCGUGACAUUUUUUCGAAAGACAGACAAUUGGUCAAAUCCAACAAUACCUAAUGGUACAUAUAUCUCAUUUAAAACUAGAUAUGCCGUGUGUUUAAGAAAUAUUGUGUUGUUUUUUUACAUUCACAGUCCCGGUUUUGUGCAAUGCUUGUGUGAAGAAAAACCACUUUGUCUUCCAAAUAUAUUCAAGAUAAAUUGUUGUUUUGUUUGAACUGAUAAAGCUGUUAUUUAUAAAAUGUUAAUAUAGUUUAGAUGACUUUAUGAAAUAAAGAUAUGAGGUUGAAAU